AGCCGCGGGAAAGUAUCUACAGUUUUCUAGAACUUGCCUGAAUAGCAUGAAACUAUCUCACCAGAAACUUCUGGAAUUUUCUCUCCUUUCACUUCUCGAACAAUCUCGAUCUUCGUUUCUUAUAAAUAUAUUAUCAAUCCCAUUCAUUCUUUACCCGAACACUUAUCCACACACAGAAAAAAAUAUCUACUUUUGCUCUCUGUUCACAUUCGAUAAUGGAAAGUCCCUUCUUCAGAAACCAUUGGAGCAACUUCAAGCCACGUCCCCGCUAUUCGCCUGGCGUUAGAGAGAUUCCGUCCUCAUCGAAGCCGUCUCCGAAUGUAGUUUCGAUUCCUGUCCAUUUCGUCCGGUCGGAACGGAGCAGAUCCGAUUCGGCAUUGAGAGUCCAGAAGGUGUUCCGCGGGUUCUUGGUUAGAAGGAGCUUGAAGAAAAUUGCUGCGAUCAAAGGCGAGGUCGAUGAGAUCGAGAAGAGAAUGUCUCGGAAAGAGACGAUGGAGUUGAUCAGGAAAGACAGCAAGGAGCGGUUGAGGUUGAAUGAGUCUCUGAUGAGCUUGCUGUUUAGGUUAGACUCUGUGAAAGGGGUGGAUUCAGGGGUUAGGGAUUGCCGAAAGACUGUGAUUAAAAAGGCAAUCAAAUUGCAGGAGAGGAUAGACGCAAUCGUCACUGGUGCUGGUGGUGAUGAACAAGUUCUCGAGACCAAAGAAACUGGUGAAUGUGAAUCUCUUGGUGAUGAUGCCGAUGUUGAUGAUGAUGACAAAGACGUCGAUCAUACACCAGACUUGGAACCUGAAUCUGCUGUGGCUGAUAUGAGUCCAGAAUCGUCUGCCGAUGGUACGAAUUCCUCCGAAAUCGAACAAGAUCUAUUGCUUGAAAAAGAAGGCCAAGCACCUGAAAUUGAAGAAGAAGGUUGCGAUUCGGAGCUGCAGAAUCUCGCUGAGCCAGUGAUUAAUCGGAGCACAGCUGAGGAAGGUAGUGGCGAAUCUGUCGCUGAGCCAGUGGUUAAUAAGAGCACAGCUGAAGAAGGUAGUGGCGAAUCUGUCGCCGAGCCAGUGAUUAAUCCAAGCAUAGCCGAGGAAGGUAAUGGCGAAUCUCUAGAGGAAGCUGAAGUGAAGAUAGAAGAGAAGAAAGACAGUGAAACUAAUUGUAGUAAUGAUACGAUGAGUGAGUCUGGGUCGUCAAUCGAUGAUAAAAGUCCAGUCGAAGAAGAUAUGGAGGAGGAAACUGGAGUGGACAAUAACGAAGAAGAAGAAGAAGAAUAUGCAGCAAUGGAGUUUGCUGAAGCUGAUAAAAACGAAGAGAAUAAGAUUAAGAAGAAGAGCAGUAAGGAGCUUCUGGAGAAGAUGAUGGAGGAGAAUGAGAAAAUGAUGGGUUUGAUGGCUGAUCUGUACCAGAGAAAUGAAGUUCAGACGAGAUUGCUUAGCUCUCUGACGCACAGAGUUGAGCAGUUGGAGAGAGCUUUCAUAUGCGAUAAGCUGAGGAAGAAGAAGAUGAGGCGUGCUUGUAUUAGUGGUGCUGAUUGUAACAGAUAGUCAAAUAAAAUAUAUCUUCAUUUGUGUUUGUUUAGUUGUUGAAGAUGAUAUGUCAAUUUUGAUUUUAAUAAAUGUGAAGAAUUUCUUUUUUUGAAAA